AUGCACAGGGAUUUGAAGCCUGAAAACAUCUUGCUGGCCAGUCGAGUCAGCAACACGGAGCUGAAGAUCUCUGACUUUGGGCUGGCAAAGAUGUCCAAGGACUACCCUCGCCGCUUGCCACGGUCUCACUCAAUCUGCGGUUCGGACUUUUACUUGGCCCCAGAGGUGAUCAAGCAAGAGGAGUAUGGCAGAGAGAUCGACAUUUGGGCGCUCGGAGUCAUCACUUACGUCUUGCUGAGUGGAUCCUUGCCCUUCUUUCACAACGUCCUGCACAAGCUGUACCGCCAGAUCGUGGAACGAGACCUGUCCUUCCCAGAUCAGGCGUGGAAAAAUGUUUCCAAGGGCGCCUUGGACUUUAUCUUGAGGCUACUGCAGGUUCGGCCUGGGGAUCGCCUCACGGCAGACCAGGCACUGAGCCACCCGUGGCUUCGAAAUGGUUCCAGUGCGGCAAGCUUCAACAGCUUCACCACGGCCAACAGCCAGGGCAUGGCCCCGACGGCCAACUACUACAACACCUAUGCUGGCGGCUACGGCGGAAUGCCUCGCCCAGUGCUGCAUCCUCUCGAGCACGCGAGGAAGGUGUGA